AAUAGCCGUGCCGGGCCUUUAGCCAAGCAGCAGCUCCGACUUCCGAGCAUACACGUACACUUGAAAUCAAGCUGGGUAGCCACACAGCAUCUUCUCGAGACUGUCAGCCAAGAGGGUCUCGAGGAGCUAGCUAGGCUGCGAGGAUGUCGCUGGUAAGGCUCUUCGACACGCUGGCCCCGGACUCGUGGAGGAACCCCUUCAGCAUCUUCGGCACGGCGGUGGCCGCCGACGCGUGGCUGGCGAGCGACACCUCGGCGUUCGCCAACACCUACAUCGAGAGCCGGGACACGGCGGGCGCGUACGUGUUCAGCGCGGCGCUGCCGCCCGGCGUGAAGAAGGAGGAGGUGAGGGUGGAGGUGGACGAGGGCAACGUGCUGGUCAUCACCGGGGAGCGCAGCCUCCGCCGGGAGGAGCGCAGCGACAGGUGGCACCACAUCGAGCGCAGCUGCGCCACGUUCCUCGGCAGGUUCCACCUGCCCGGGGACGCCGCCGUGGACGGCGUCAGGGCCGCCAUGGACGCCGGCGUGCUCACGGUCACCGUGCCCAAGGUCGGGGCCAUCGCCGCCGCCGCCGCCGAGAAGACGGCCGAGGCGGCGACGACGAUGCCCGUCGACGCCGGGCCCUGCUGAUCCGACGCCGACGCGCUGGCUCACGGGCGCGGCUCUGUUCUUGGCCGCUCCUGUGAAUGAAGACUAGCGUACCACGUCGUGUGACAGUGAGGUCUCUCGUCCGUACCGUCUGAAGCUUCCUCCUCCUCUGGUUUGGUAUCGCAUACUUUUCCGUGUGAUGGAUCUGCCUGCACGCAUGUAAGAAGAAAAAAAAAACAUGCCUGCAGGGCAGCACCAUGGAUCUGUGCUCGGUAAAUGAAGAGCAACCUAAGCAGCUAAAGCUGGAAUCCUGUCUCUGCUCAUUUCUUCGCCUUUCCUUGCGAUUGCCGUCUCUACAAAUUUUUCUUCAUGCGGUAAAUAAGUUGUGACAAGUUAAUGACAGCAACCUGCCAGUGUGACUUGUUCAGUUGAAA